AUGGAAGUUUCUCAAAGAACAACCGGGUCUGAAUAUCCCUUUGGUGGAAGAGAUGAUACCUUUGACUGUUUCAAAGUGGGACGCACGGACGAGGAGUGGCUAGAGGACAUUUCGGAAACUGUCCGUGGUGGGCUUUCCUAUAUUUGGAGGACCAAAGACGAGAAAGUGAUUGAAGAGAAGCUUCAGAAGCUAAAAGACGACUUUCCAAGAGGAGGGCCGUAUGUGCUGACCCAUGGGGAUUUGGCCCUGUGUAAUAUCAUGGUCAAGGACGACAAGAUCAUUGCGAUUAUCGACUGGGAAAAGUCUGGGUACUUUCCUUGGUGGGCGGAGAAGUAUUUCUCCCGAAGCUGGACUUUGGAUGACCAGCGUGAACUUUUUGAAGGUGUUUGGGAGAGGGUUGCUCCAGAGUUGGCGGAUGGUCCUGCCUGGGAGGCCCUGGCUGAUCCAGUACAUGAGAUCAGAGGAGCCGUUCUCGACUGCAAAACUACCCACAGACCCCCUCUCCCUCCACUCUAUCGUGGGCCUUUCUGCAAAUGCCGCCCUUGGGGCCAGCUACUCCGAUCCCGGGAUCGUGGAGCCGAGAAUGUGCAUGAGGUGGUCGAGCGGGACAAACCUCAGGCGGUCGUAGCGCAAACAUGUAGAAAGCCAUUUUCAACCUCAACAAUCCCCGUCUAA